CGAGCUCUUCAUUGAGAAAAAUCCACAGCCGAGUUUUUAUCCGAGGAGCUGCAGGGGAUGUAGGGGAGGAAAUCUGCGUCGAGUUCAUUUUUUCACACCAUUAAGAAACUUCACUCAUCAAGGUGAAGACUCCUGCAACAUGGAUGGCUUUUAUGAUCAGCAGGUCCCUUUUGCGGUCCCUGAGAGCAAAUGUCCCGUAGAGGGAGCAGAGAGAUGUCUCAGCGACCGGAAGAGGAAGUUCAUGGACACAGAGCUGGCUCAGGACACAGAAGAGCUCUUUCAGGAUCUGAGCCAGCUCCAGGAAAUCUGGAUCGCAGAAGCUCAGGUCCCUGAUGACGAGCAGUUUGUUCCAGAUUUCCAGUCCAAUAACUUGAUGCUUCAUGGACUGCCGGUCUGCAAAGUGAAGCGAGAGCCCAGUCCGUCUAAAGACCUGUCUCCCUGCAGAACACCUCGUGCUGACAUGUGCCUUUACAGUUACAGUGCCUGCGACAACAAGCCAGCUGGGGUCAAAACUCUGACUCCAACCCCCACGCCGGUGCAGUGUGGCUCCACCCAUCCGGCUGGACCUCCACCCAAACAGAGGCAGUUACAACCUCCUGCCCCCCAACUGACCAAUAACUGCCCUGCAAGCCACAUUCCUGCCCUGAGCCCCUCCCACCAUCACCGCAACCUCCCACAGACCAACCAGCAGUUUGUUCUGCCGCGUCCCCCCAUUAGCUGCCCCGGUGGCUCUAUCAGCACGGAGCAAAGGUUCCAGCGGCAGCUGUCGGAGCCCUGCUUGUCUUUCCUCCCUCUGGAGAAAACAGUGAACGCACCGUACCAGCCCCCGAGCCGGGACGGGCGGCCGCUGUACCAGCGUCACCUCUCGGAGCCCCUCGUCCCCCACGGCCCACGGGGUUUCAAGCAGGAGCUGGUGGAUCCACGGUACCCGGAGCCGGGGCCACCCCAGCCCCAAACCGCCUUCAACCACGUCACAAUCAAACAAGAGCCGCGAGACUUUGGCUUUGACUCAGAGGUCCAGACCUACCAGCCGCCGUCUUUUGGAAAGUCUUCGGUCUUGUACCAGAAUAACAGUGUCGGGUUUGGUCAUGACAGAGAGCCACGUUUGUACUAUGACGACACUUGUGUCGUGCCAGAAAGGCUGGAAGCGGCCAAAGUGAAGCAGGAGGGUUUGCCGUACCAGCGUCGCGGCUCCCUGCAGCUCUGGCAGUUCCUGCUCACGCUGCUGGACAACCCGGCCAACGGACACCUGAUUGUCUGGACGGGGCGAAACAUGGAAUUCAAACUAAUCGAUCCCGAAGAGGUGGCUCGGCUCUGGGGCAUCCAAAAGAACCGACCGGCCAUGAACUACGACAAGCUGAGCCGCUCGCUCAGAUACUACUAUGAGAAGGGCAUCAUGCAGAAGGUGGCCGGGGAACGGUAUGUCUACAAGUUUGUAUGCAACCCCGACGCACUCUUCUCCAUGGCUUUCCCGGACCACCAGCGGCUGAGCCUCAAGGCCGACCCGGACGCCAUCUUGCCCCCCAGCGAGGAGGAGGGCCUCCCCCUGCCCGGCUAUGAGGAGGAGGGUCCGUACCUGGCUGAGGGAGGGGAGCAGUGCAUCCGGGGACUGGCUUUCCCAGAGGGCUACUCAUACUAGGCUCCACCUCCCCGCAGCUGGAGAACACAGACAUUUUAAACAGGAGGAACCAGAAUUACUGAGCGGUGUUCCAGAUUUUCAAGUUGCAUACCCGCAUUACGUAUGUCACAGAUUUAAAAACAAAUUUUUUUUCCUCAAUAUUUCAAUUUUCACAUGUCACACUGGCCCAAAUGCUCGAUUGUAAGUUAGAAGCAUGGCCGUCCCCGCAGUCCUCGCGCACGUGACCUCUGGGAUCAGUAUUUCAACCAAAAAGUAUCUCAAAGCCAUGGCACUCCUUUACAAACUUACUUCUCAUCAUUCUUCGGGUAAACCUCCUCCCGCUUGAAAGGGACACACUUGUAUUUCCAGACGUCCUCCUAUAAACAUGUAUAUUGAAAUGUUUUUUGCGUACUUGUUUUCAAAGCUAAUAUUUUUGGCAUUAUUUUUCCUAAACGGUUUUAUGACAAAGGCAUUACUCCUAUUUUUGAUCCCGCAACACUGCCACUAAAAACGCUAAUAAUGAGCAUGGACUUUUCUUACGAACGUCUCACCUGUUAUUGUACCGAGAUAGUUUUUUCUGCAUUUUUGUAUAGUUGAUUUGCUUCAAUGUGUAGAAAAGGUGUAUAAUUAUAUAUGAAUAUAUUUUUUCAAAAGGCUGCGUUCGCUUUACGUCGUACAAUGAGCUGCAGAGAUUAGCCUGCUAACGUGCUGCAUCAGUUUCAGCCUUUCCAAAAUGGGAUGACUUGGACGCUGUGAGUCCUGCAGACAGGAAGUGGUUGUCACGGUACUGUAUAUUUUGCUAUAUGAUCACAUGGUGAUGAGAGUUGGGGAGAUGGUGCAUGCUGGUGCCUGGCGAAAGAUAAUGACACUGGUGUGUGUGUGUACCCUCAGAUACUAUAUGUGUGCCUUCUGUUGAUUUUUACAGAUACAAUAAACUAUUUUAC